AUGCGCGGCCGGGGCGGCCUAGCUUCCCGAGCCGCGUGCCUAUCUAGCUCCUUGGCGCCGGUCCGGCUUCACCGCGAUCUACUCAACUGGGGAGCACCGGCAGGGUCCGGCUUCACCGCGAUCUACUCAACUGGGUACGCCUUCGCCGCGCUCAAGGCGGACGGGUCCAUCUCCGCGUGGGGCGAUUCUCGCUACGGCGGAAGCGGAGCACCGGCAGGGUCCGGCUUCACCGCGAUCUACUCGACUGAGCAAGCCUUCGCCGCGCUCAAGGAGGACGGGUCCAUCUCAGCGUGGGGCGACUCUUCGCGCGGCGGCAGCGGAGCACCGACAGGGUCCGGCUUCACCGCGAUCUACUCGACUAAUACCGCCUUCGCCGCGCUCAAGGCGGACGGGUCCAUCUCCGGGUGGGGCGAUUCUAGCAGGCGGGAGAAUUCUUUUUCUGAACGCUGA